AUGACAGUUGUCUCUUUCUUGCUCAUGCAACAGCCGCAUGCAGCAGAAAAAGAGAAAAAAGAUGCAGAGACGCGGCUCGAGGUGUUGACUAAGUUCUUUGAAGAAAAAGAAGCUCAGCGGCAAAAGGAAGAAGCACUUUGGCUAGAAAAGCAGGGUGAGCAUUCGUCUACAGUAGAAAGGAUACAGACAAUGCAAAACGAAUUACUUAAUUACAAACAACAAGUGGAAAUGUUGAAACAUGAGAUCCUAGAUCAAGAGAGGGAGUACAAAAAUCAGAUAGCUGUUCUUGAAACAAAAGCACACGAGCAUUGGGUGGCCGCGAGACAACAUGAAAGGCGCUUGGAAGAAGUCAAGGCUGAAUCGAGUCAGUUACGCAACCGACUUACACUCGUCGAAAAAAAUUUAAACGAUACCGAUCCUGAAAACAAACUGCAUCGCCUGCAGCAUCUGGCGACCGCAAACGGCGACGCAUUAGGCGUCGUGCAUCCGCUGUUUCAAGGUGGCCCCGGCGAGAAUUCGGCCUCACCUCUGAUGUUUGCCGGUGGGCCGAUACCCCCGCCGUCCUACAUGUACGGCGGAAUGCCACUGCCACCGCCACCACAUUUUUUACCACCUCCUUUUCCUUCGGGAGGCAGUGGUGGCAUUGAAUCCAGCGUAGGCUCGCGACCGGCGCCCCUCGGAGGCGGACGGCUCUCCUCUCCCCCGCCCUCAGCUUCCGAAAGGAAAGUAUUGCCCGAAAGUUAA